UGAAAAAGAGGGCCGAAGAAACGAACCCAAAACGACGAAGCGGAAAGCGCACUUGAAGCAAGAGAGGAACAUUCACGUCGACACAGCAACAGGUUAGUCAUCAGCGGUACCGGUACCACAUCCCCUCCAACACACACAUCGUAGCAACUUGUUUUAUAUCACCUCUACAGUAGCGGUACCGUAAAGGUAGUGGAAGUAGAGAUUGAUUAAGCAACAAACAAACAAACAGAAAACAGAAGUACGAGUAUCAGCAUAUAGUAUCAGCAGGAACGAGGCUGCUGGGACGACAGAGAUUCCGCCAAACCAGAAAGAUAGCUUCCGCCAAAGCCCCAGCAACUAAAAUACGGUAUCUGUGAAACUCUUUUUGCUGCAUCAGACAUCAGAUCAGUGGGGCUUCCCGCAUUGUCAUCAUCAUUAAUUUGUGAACCUUGUUCCUGCUACCGGUAUACAAGAUGAGUGACGACUUCAAUAUGCAAGACGCUGAAAUGGCGGAUAGCGACGAUGAUUUUGACGACGAGGAGGAAGAAGAAGAAGAGGACGAGAUGAACGACGAUGAGGGUGUAGCCGCCCCUGCCCAACCAGAGCCUGCAGCAGAAGAAGAUGCUGCGAUUGCCCGUCGACGGGCCAUCCAAGCAAUCGUGCGAGAUACCACCCUGAGCGAACCAGAAAAGCGUCAAAGGAUCCAGGCAUUGAUGAGUGGAGGGAGGAUAGAAGUAGCUCCUCCCCCAGGUCCACUGAUUCCGGCCCCCGACGGCAAUUCCGCAUGUGUGCACUAUGAGCGCAAUUGCAACAUUGUAGCGCCGUGUUGCAACCGGGUGUUUGGUUGUCGAAUAUGCCAUGAUGAGCUCAGUCCAUCCGGUCACCCUCCCAUGAAUCGAUUCUUGAUCAGGGAGGUUGUGUGCAAACUCUGUAAUACUCGUCAGGCUGCAGGCAAUUGCUGCGCUCAUUGCAACGCGCAGUUUGGGGAAUAUCAUUGUGGAAUGUGCAACUUAUGGAUGUCUCAAAGCAAGAAACCGUUUCAUUGCAAUCGGUGUGGAUUUUGCCGUGUGGGUGGUGUGGAAGCAUUCCGCCAUUGCAAUGAAUGCUGCAUGUGCAUUUCUGUGACUGUCUUUGAUACACACCAGUGCCUCAAAGACAAAUACAAGAACAAUUGCCCAGUUUGUCGAGAAGACAUGUUCUCCUCUAGGCAGUCACCUCAAGACUUGCCCUGUGGCCAUGCCAUUCAUGCGCAUUGCUUCCGAAAGCUAGCUGGAUUUGAUUAUAGGUGCCCCAUCUGCAAAAAGACGGUGGUGUCACAACAGAGCAUGGCAGCUGCCUGGGAGGCCAGAGCAAGGGACAUUGCAGAACACCCCAUGCCUCCAGAGUUACAGCGUGUGGUCGACAUUAUGUGCAACGAUUGUGAGACCAAGAGUCACCGAAUGGUUUGGCAUUUCUUGGGUAUCCAGUGCCCACGUUGCAAUUCCUUCAACACUGUCGUGGAUCAAGUUCUCAGUAGCGGCAAUGAGAAUGAAAGCGAACAGGCCAACGCCACGAGCGGAUCCGCUUAGGUCAGUGAAACGAUGCAACUGAUCCAAUCAACAGCAGCCUCUGCUACAACUCCGGUUUAUUCAUUAUUAUAGGAGUCACAAAGAGGCAUGGAUAGGAUAAUCUCAACAUUUUGGUUCAAUUUUGGAUGCGGAGAGGAGGAACAUUUGGGUGGGAGGUUACCGAGCAUGCACGCUUGUUCAAAGAAGAAGCGUGUAGUGUUACAUUUGCCUACGAAUGGCUGGGACAUAGGUUUGCUCUUUUUAAAACCAAAGAGCCCGUCCCGAUAUUUUUAUCAGGAAGAAUCGCAGCAGACGACGUACUGGUGGCACAACAAACAGACACAGCGACAUUGAUAUUGUGUGUUAAUAAGAAAGGAUUUUAAUUCG